AGUGGUAAAGUCUUUCUUCAUCCAUCUCUGCCUUGACGCUGUCUUCCUCUGCACCUCAUCCAAGACACAGGAGGCCUUCCAUCAGCACUCAGUCCCCUCCGGCCUCAGCGCAGCAGCAGCAGCCACGCUACGAUGCCUGACACAAUCAUGUCCAAGGAGCCCAGUUCCAACCUGGAAAGCGCCAUGCAGAUGCUGAUCAAAACCUUCCACAAGUACUCGGGGAAGGAAGGCGACAAGUACACGCUCAGCCGGGGGGAGCUGAAGGAGCUGCUGCUGGAGGAGCUGGGGAGUUACUUGGGGAACUCCAAAGAUAACGAGGCGGUGGAGAAGGUCAUGAACGACUUGGAUGCCAACAACGACGGCGAGGUGGACUUCACCGAGUUCAUCAUCCUGAUGGGCGCCCUGACGGUGGCCUGCAACGACUUCUUCCUGGAGUUCAAGACGGACGACAAGCCCAAGGGCGGCGAGGCGGCGGAGUAGAACCGCUGAGUCAGGGCGAGGGGGCCGAUGGAAUGAGGGGUGGGGGGGAGGGGCUUGUAAAUCACAGGAGAUGAGGAGGCGGUCGAAUUUUUGGUCUUACAAUGUAUUUCAACGACACACAUUAGAGUACUGUGCAAAAGUCUAAAAAAAAAAAACAGUAAAUUACACACACUAUGCAGUAUUACAUUAAAAAAACUCAACAAACACACCAGCUUUAGUGAGAAUCUGGAUAAAAGUGCAUGUUGAGUCCAUAUUUACAUGUUCUGUUCAGUUAAUGCUAUUGUUGCAGAAGAGGGCUCCUAUCAUAGAGAGGAUCUUUGAUGCCUUUUUUUUGUAAAGGGUUAUACUUGUAUAGCGCUUUUCUACCUUCAAGGUACUCAAAGCGCUGUUCUACCUUCAAGGUACUCAAAGCGCUUUGACACUAUUUCCACAUUCACCCAUUCACACACACGUUCUCACACUGAUGGCGGGAGCUGCCAUGCAAGGCGCGAACCAGGACCCAUCAGGGGCAAGGGUGAAGUGUCUCGCUCGAGGACACAACGGACAUGACGAGGUUGGUAGACGGUGUGACUUGAACCAGGAACCCUCAGUUUACUGGCACGGCCACUCUCCCAACCGUGCCACGCCGUAAGAGGUCCUUAUAAAUACAAGAGCAUAUAGAGGAUCUUUGACUGGCAUUCUUGCAGUGCGUCCAAAACAGCAGUGCGUAUUUGACUGAUCUUUGACUUGCGUUAGAAGAGCUCUUCAGGUAUAUACAGGAUCUUUGACAAGUGUUUUUUGCAGCUGGAAACCGACAACAGUAGAAUGCGCCGGUCAUACAAGAUCUUUGACUGGUGUUUUUCUUUCCAGAAGAUUCCUAAAAACAGCAGAGUAGUCCUGUCAUAUAGUGGAUAUUAGAUUGCUAUUUUUAAAGCAGAUUCUUAAAAAUAGCGGAGUAGUACUGUCGUAAAGUGGAUAUUCGAUUGCUAUUUUUCAAGCAGAUUCUUAAAAACAGCACAGUAGUCAUGUUAUAAAGUGGAUAUGCAAUUUCUAUUUUUAAAGCAGAUUUUUUAAAAGCAGUACAGUAGUCAUGUCAUAAAGUGGGUAUUAGAUUUCUAGUUUUAAAGCAGAUUCUUAAAAAUAGCAGAGUAGUCCUGUCAUAAAGUGGAUAUUAGAUUGCUAUUUUUGAAGCAGAUUCUUAAAAACAGCAGCCUAGUCCUGUCAUUAAGUGAAUAUGCAAUUGCUAUUUUUAAAGCAGAUUCUAAAAAACAGCAGAGUAGUACUGUCAUGAAGUGGAUAUUGGAUUGCUGUUUACUAGUGUUUUUAAAGAAAACUGCGAACUAAUGUCUUGUGGAAAAUCUACAACAACAGUGAAGAGUUCAUUUCACAUUUUUUCCAGCAGAUACCUGAAAACAGCAAAGUGUUCCUAUUAUAUAAAAGAUCUUUGAUAAGAAUGAUUAAAAACAGCAGAGCGCUCUGGUUAUAUAGAGAACCUCCAACUACAGUUUUUGCAGCAGGUCCUUAAAAACAACAGAUCACUUCUGCCAUGAUGAUAAUCUUUCAAUGCAGUUUCUGCAUAAGGUCCUUAAAAACAGCGGCGUACUCCUGCCAUAAAGGGGUUCUUUGACGGGAUUUUUUCCGCCCAACAAAUUCCUAAAAAUAGUUCCAGUUUAUACAAUUUAUCUGUGACUUAUGUUUUUAAAUACAACAGCAAACUCAUGUCUUAUGGAAAAUCUACAACAACAACAGUUAAAAGUUCCUUCCACAUAGAGGAUCUUCGACUACCAUUUUUUCCAGUAGAUUCCUAAAAACAGCAAAGUGCUCCUAUCAUGAACUAAAGCCUUCAAAACUGCAGAUUGUUCCUGUAUUUGAGUAUGUUUGACAAGUUUGUUUUAAGUCAUUGUAUUUUUUCAUUAUUGAUGCCUGCGCCAUAAUAGCCUUGCUAGCCACAACAACGCUAACGUACUUUUGCACAGUACCCUGCCAGCAUCCACAAACACAAGGGUCAGUGAAUGCAACACAUGCUACUCAGAGUGUUUCCCGGACAAAAUGAAGUUAAAGGGGAACAUUAUCACCAGACCUAUGUAAGCGUCAAUGUAUACCUUGAUGUUGCAGAAAAAAGACCAUAUGUUUUUUUAACCGAUUUCCGAACUCUAGAAGGGUGAAUUUGGCGAUAUAAACGCCUUUCAAUUGUUCGCUGUCGGAGCGAUGACAUUUCACCCGUGACAUUACAAUGGGAAGCAAUCCGCCAUUUCCUCAAACACAUUACACACACAAGUCAAAUCAGCUCUGUUAUUUUCUAUUUUUUCGACUGUUUUCCGUACCUUGGACACAUCAUGCCUCGUCUGUGUGUUGUCGGAGGGUGUAACAACACCAUCAGGGACGGAUUCAAGUUGUCUUUUGUGGAGUGUGCAUCGAUUAGCACGGCAUGCUAAUCGAUGCUAACAUGGCAGAAAUGGCAAGAAUGUGUGGAUAUCCUGCGACACUCAAAGCAGAUGCAUUUCCAACAAUAAAGUCAACGAAAUCACAAAAGUGAGUUUUGUUGAAGUUAUUGACUUAUGUGCUAAUCGGACAUAUUUGGUCAUGACUGCCAGCUAAUCGAUGCUAACAUGCUGUUUAGGCUAGCUGUAUGUACAUUUGUAGCUAUAUUUGCAUCCAGCCUUUCCCUCCACCCACAUUUAAUGCCAAACAAACACUUACCAAUCGACGGAUUUAAGUUGCUCCAGUGGUCAAAAGAUGCAAUCGUUGGUUAGAAGGCGAUCGCCGAAUAACUUCAAUAGCUAUUCGCUCAAUAGCUUCAGUUUCUUCUUCAAUUUUGUUUUCGCUAUCUGCCUCCACACUCCAACCAUCCGUUUCAAUACAUGCGUCAUCUGUUGAAUCGCUUACGGCGCUGAAAUCCGAGUCUGAAUCCGAGCUAAUGUCGUUAUAUCUUGCUGUGCUAUCCGCCAUGUUUGUUUGUAUUGGCAUCACUAUGUGACCUCACAGGAAAAUGUACGGCUGGAUUUACAGAUAGCGAAAAUCAGGCACUUUAAAGCAUUUUUUCAGGAUAUUCCAUGAUGGGUAAAAUUUUGAAAAAAAAUUUGAAAAAUAAAUUAAGCCACCAGGAACUGAUUUGUAUUGGUUUUAACCCUUCUGAAAUUGUGAUAAUGUUCCCCUUUAAGAAAUGAAAUAAAGGGAGGUGAUGUGAAUUCCUGUGAAUACAAAUGUAAUAUUAAAUCAGAGUUUAUUAUAUUAUUGCCUCCAACAGUGGGAUUUUUUUUUUUUUUCCUCCUUCUCUGCGCGCCUAUUUUGUAAUCUUUUUUGGUAAUGACUCAUGCAUUCCUUCCAAAUAUUAAAUGUGGGGUUUAACCAA